GUAUCGACAUAAAAAAUAUCUCUCUACUUAAAUAGUCAAAAAAGUACAGCAAUUACCAACAAUGACAUAUUAGCACUAGCAAGUAGUUAAAAGUUGGCACAAGAGGGGGCCUCUCCAUUUCUUUUCCAAUUCUCUCUCCCUUUCACUUUGUAAGCAAAGUUGACAGAAAUGUCUAAACAAACAUACAGAAUAUGCUGUUUCCAAAGGAAAUUCAAGCUGAAAGAAGCUGAGGCACCUGAUGAGAUCAAGGACUUGUUUGGCAGAUAUUCAGAAAAUAAUAUCAUGACAGCAGAACAUUUAUACAAAUUCUUGAAAGAAGUGCAAGGUGAAGAAAAUAUUACAAAAGAAGAAGCUGAAUCUCUAUUUGAAUCUGCGCUCAAAGUUGUUCAUGAACAUCUUAAUAUUGUUUUCCAUAGAAAGGGUCUCACUCUUGAUGGAUUCUUUCGUUACCUCUUUAGUGAUGCUAACGUGUGUCUCUCUCCAGACAAAAAGGUGCAACAUGACAUGACUGCUCCUUUGUCUCACUAUUUCAUUUACACCAGUCACAAUACCUACCUCACUGGGAAUCAACUCAACAGUGAUUGCAGCGACGUGCCUAUAAUAAAGGCACUCCAACGAGGUGUCCGAGUUGUUGAAUUAGACAUGUGGCCAAAUUCAUCGAAAGACAAUGUGGAUAUCCUUCAUGGAGGGACAUUAACACCUCCAGUGGAACUUAUCCAAUGCUUGAAAUCAAUAAAGGAGUAUGCAUUUGUGGCAUCUGAAUAUCCUGUAAUUUUAACUCUAGAAGAUCACCUCACUCCUGAUCUUCAGGCUAAAGUAGCUGAGAUGGUCACUCAAAUAUUUGGAGAUGUACUUUUUACCUGUGGGGCAGAAUGCUUGUCAGAAUUCCCUUCUCCAGAAUCUUUGAAGGGGCGGAUUAUCAUCUCAACUAAACCACCAAAAGAAUAUCUUGAAACUAAGAAACCAAACGAGAAAGAUAGUGGUUCUCAGAAGGGGAAGAACUCGUCAGAGGAAAAAGCAUGGGGAGCAGAACUUUCUGAUCUUUCACAAAAAAUGAUGGCUUUAAAUGAGAAUGAAAAGAAUGGAGAAUGUCAAGAUGAGGAAGCCGAUUCUCAUCAUGAGAACCCUAAUAUACAGCAGAAUACAGCUCCCGAGUAUAAACACUUGAUUGCUUUCCAAGCAGGGAAAUCAAAAGGUCCAACAAGGGAGUGGCUAACCGUGGAUCCUAUUAAGGUGAAACGGAUUAGCUUGAAUGAAGAAAAGCUCAUAAAUGUUUCCCUCAAUCACGGGAAAGAUUUAAUCAGGUUUACUCAGAGAAAUUUGCUGAGGGUAUAUCCAAAAGGUAUACGAGUCGACUCUUCCAAUUACAAUCCGCUAAUAGGAUGGAUGCAUGGAGCUCAGAUGGUUGCAUUCAACAUGCAGAGACAUGGAAGGCCUUUGUGGUUAAUGCAAGGGAUGUUUAGAGCAAAUGGUGGCUGUGGUUAUGUCAAAAAACCAGAGCUUCUAUUAAAAUCUGGCCCAAAUAAUGAGGUCCAUGAUCCUAAAAGGCUUUUAUCAGUGAAAACUACCCUGAAGGUGAAAAUAUACAUGGGAAGUGGUUGGCAUUUGGACUUUAAACGCACACACUUUGAUGUAUAUUCUCCACCAGACUUCUACGUCAAGAUUGGUAUUGCUGGAGUCCCUGCAGAUUCAAUAGUUAAGAAAACCAGGCCGAUAGAGGACAACUGGAUACCGACAUGGGGUGAUGAAUUUGAGUUCCCAUUGACAGUUCCAGAGAUCGCAUUGCUUCGGGUAGAAGUUCAUGAAUAUGAUAUGUCAGAGAGCGAUGAUUUUGGUGGACAAACUUGCAUUCCUGUUUCAGAGCUCAGAACAGGAAUUCGAGCUGUGCCUAUUUAUGAUGAAAAGGGAGAUAAAUAUCCCUCUGUUAAACUACUUAUGCGAUUCGACUUUGUAUAAUAAAAAGUUUCAGGUAUCGACUAGAAAAUUGCACCGCUCAUUGCAUACUCAAAAUAUGUAAUCGAUGUUACAAGUCAUUUGUCAGACAAACCAUAUCUUAAAGUUGGGAGUUUUUAUUAUGAAA